CCAGGAGAUAUUCCACUAAAAAAGCAGGUGGAUUUCGAGGCAAUUCAGAAGUAUGAAGUGGAUAGUGAGGCCAGACAUCAGGGCCCUUUCAAAAAAGGCUGUUUUGGCUCAACUGAUGGCUCAAAUUCCAGGGAACUGAUUAUGUCUUCAUUAAUCAGUCUUUUCCCAUUUCUGAGAAUGUGAUCUGUUUUCAGUAUCCAAGAUCAAGAUUCCAGAGAAAACAGGAUCAUUUAUGCCAUCCAAGAAAAUCUCUUUCACCUUGAGAACACUGUUUGAAAACACCUGUGCUCAUGUAACCAAGAAAGCACCGGACAGUAUGAACAAGUCCAGGUAUAAUAGGGCAAUUCCUAUCAGGGAUAUAGAGUUCCCAAGACCUAAAAUUAAGCACAUCACCAGUACUGAUAUAUGAUAAUGAUGACAACUUUUCAGUGUUUCUCAAGUAUUCUAUACACUCUAUCCCUCAGAAAAUUAGCACCUUACCUUCCAGGUUGGCAGUGUUAGUGUCAGUGACAGGGUUUCAGAAAACAAAGUUAAUGUCACCUACUUGCUGCUGCCUUAUGGGAACAGAAUCUACACCCCCUUUUCUCCUACAUCUCUAUCAACUCUGGUUGUAGCUAUCUCUAUGCCCUUAGAUUCUUGAAUUAUGAAGCUGAACAAACUUUCCAGGUCACAGAAAGGGGAACUGAUGGUGGUUCCCCAGCUCUGAGAAGCCAGACUCUGGUUCAGGUUGUGGUCCUGGAUGAAAAUGACUAUACCUGAGUGUUCUAUAUUCUGUAGAAUGGCACAUCUCUCUUCAAUGACUUGGUACCCAGAGCUUCAGAGCCAGAUUACUUGGUCACCAAGUCAGUGGCCAUAGAUGGGGACUUUAGAGAGAACUCAUGACUUUCCUGCUAGUUGAUCAAGGCCAAAUGCCCCGGAUUAUUCACUCUAUGGGCACAUAAUGGAGAGGUGCACACAGAAAAGCUCAUCAGGGACAUAGAUGCUAUCAAGCAGAGGCUCCUGAUGCUACUGAAAGAUAAUGGGGAGUGACCUCUGUCCACAGAAACUACACUACAUGGUCCUCUUGUUGAAUGGUUUUUCUGCACCUAACUUGCAGCUCCCAGAUGGGUCCAAGAAACAAGCCCAAGCUAUCUCUUUCACUGCCUACUUGAUAAUUUUUCUGGGGUCUUUUCCUUUUCCUUUCUUGGUUAAUUUUACUAUGCCUUUGGAAAAGACAUCUCCACCCACAAAAAUAUCUUUGAAAUUCAUGUCCCUAGGCCAUUCGAUCCAUGACCAUGGCACUGAGACUUUGUCUCAGAAUAACCCAUAUGAGGUGUGUCUGACCAGAGGUUUAGGCACCAAAGAGUUCUAGUCCCUGAAACCCAUCAUCUCCAGCUUCUCUACCCCUGGCACUGGAAUGAACAUAUGCAUAGAAAAAGGAAUCUUUCAGGGUACUUAAUUCCAUUUCAAGUAAAAUUGUCUCCUGAUGAAAGACUAUUCUUUUCUCCUAAAUGUGCUUACAGCAAAGUGAUGAAUUUUAAAGAUGUCUGUUUUUAUUGAUGUUGCUAAUAGAUUUGUGCUUCUUAAGUUCCAGGCUUCUUAUUUUAUUUUACUCCCCUUUGUUCAAAGUUGAAGAUCAAGUAAUUUCCUGUUAUGGUGGUAGAUCAUAAAGUCACCAGGCUCUGAGCCUGGGUGUUUUCCUUCCCUCAUAAAUAUCUCUGUGGCCAUGGACAAGUUAUUUCACUUUUCUAGGUCACAGUUUCCUCAUCUUUAAAAUGAGACAAUUGAACUAAAUGACCUCUAGAAUCUUUUCUAUCUCUAAAACCUGGAAUCUUAUAUUUCUGUGAUCUCAUGAUGCCAAAAGAAUAUUCAGUUGUCUAUGUAACUACAAUUAAAUGAAGGAGAAGGAUAACAGGACCACAAGUACAGGACUUCAUGCAGGCCUUAAUAAAAGACCCUGGAAAAUGUGUGUUCUUUUUUUAUUUGUUGUUUUUUGUUAGUGCAUUUGGUUCUGCUAAAUAAUGGUAAAAGUUUAUUCCUUCUUUUUAAAUGUUUUGUGACAUUUGGAUUUUAAAAAAUUAAUUAUCCUAACAAUAAAAUAAAUCUUUGGAAAAUAUUUGCCACAUCUUUUGUAGUCAGGUGAUACCUUUGUUGAGUUCUCUGUGCUUUGGCAACAGAAAAUCUACCAUCUUUUCAAGCCACAUUUCAUUUAUAUAUGGCUAUUAAGAGGGAUAGGAUUAUGGUUUAGGACAGAGUAUUGAACAAGUACCCCAAAAGUGGUUCAUUCAUUUUUCAGCUAUAUACAACACUUCACUACUGCAUUUGGGCUUUUCUUGCCAGAGAUUAUGGAGUGGUUUGCCAUUUCCUUCUUCAGUUAUUUUUACAAUGGAGGCAUUGAGAUAAACAGCUAAGUGAUUUGUCCAGGGUUACACAGCUAGUAGGUGUGCAAGGCCAGAUUUGAACUUGUAAAGAUGAGUCUUCCUAACUUCAUGCCCCUUACCUGCCCUGGUUUUCUGGAAGACCUAAUCUCAAAUCUUACUUCAGUCAUGGAAAGUUAAAGAUAUGUUGGAGUUAUUAGUAUUGUAAAAGUGAGAGAAAGAUUCAGUAAAUUAAAUUUUAGCAAUGAUUUGGACUGCUCACAUCAAAUAUCUUUCUUCCUGCAGAAGAUGGUGUCUGGAGUCAGCUGGGAUCUGCUUCUUCUAAAAAAAAAUGAAAAAGAAAUAGACAAUAGGGACUCUGCAAUUAAGCAGAUAGUUUUACUCUGUAAGAUGAUCCUGGACCAGAUCUCACUAGGUCUAGGUGACCAUGCAAAGCAUGGAUAAGCAUUCCUCAAUAUUCUCUCAAAGCAAUUGUGGAUCUCAGAAAGCACUUCCCAGAGUUCUGGCUUCUCUCUGCUCAGUAUUAGACAACAAGCUUUGAUGACCGAUUAGUUUUCAUAACUAUACAUUUCUUUCUUUACAUUAAUUAUUUAUACAUAUGCAUCAGGGAAUAUAAGAAAGGGGCACCUGAUGAGUCAGUGUUAAAUGAAUUCAAGAAGAAAAGAGAAUGAAUUUACAUUUAUAGUCACAUAAAGUCACAAAAUCACUUUUGUCCAGAAUGAUCUAGUACCAUUUUGCCCUCUUUGUGUUAAGGACAACAUCCUUAGGUUCCUUCUCUUCUCCCCACUUUGGCCAUAAAAUAGAAAUUCUAGAAAGAAGUUUCUUGAAUGAAAAGUUUAGAGUUAUUGCUUUAGACACAGCUAAAGUAAGUUGAGGACAAGUAUAGAACUCUUAGCUAAAAUUUCAAGGAAUGUUUCAAACCAUAUAAUCUUAAGCCUACAUACAGUUUUUUUUAAAAAAAAAAGAUGGAAGAAUCAUGGAUUUGAGAACAACUGCAAUGUCAAAACUCCUCUUGUCAUUAAAGUCAUGGAUCAGAGAUUCCAGAUCACUGUCAGGUCAAUAGUGAAGAUGAAGGUGAACACAAUGAGAUCCUGUAAGAAAGGUUUGCAUUGCUGUUAGUGUGCUUUUCAUCUCUAAUGUCCCAUAGCAGGCUAUGACUAUUCUCAAAGGCUCUACUCUGAGGUACAUUUCAUUGUGUGAUCCCUGGAGGUGUAAAAGAAAAAAAAUUUUCUACUCUGGACAUUAUCAUUGUCUCUAAAAAUCUUGCUUCAAGAUAACAAUAAGCAUGUAUUCAGAAGAGAACACACCAUAUUCUUCUUCCAAGGGAAAGCUACCACCUGUCUUUUCUUAUACAACAACUAUGAUUGGGGAAAAAAGAAAUUGAAUUUUUCCCAUCUAAUUUUAACCGUCCCUUACACAAUAACAGUUACUAAUGUUAUUUCAUGCAUGAAAGGGGAAUGAGGUAGAUGUUAAAGGUGAUUGAUACUAAGGCUUCUGCUUUGCCAUUCCAUAAAUAUUUUUUUAAGUUGUUAAAGUGUAAGUUCCUCUUUGAGCAGAUUUUGUUUUUACUGUUAUAAGUAUUAAUCACCCCCUUAGUAUCUGGUAUGGAUUAAUGUAAAGUUCUGGAACCCAAUAUAUGCUGAUGAGUGAGUAAAUCAAAAGCAAAAAUCCUGUAAGUCUGACAGGUCCAAAGCCUUCUGAAAAUUCUUGAUUUAUUAUGCAAUAAGGGAAAUCUGGAUCAGCUAGGUGGCAUAGUACAUAGAGCAGCAGGUCAGAAGUGAGGAAGAACUGAAUUUAAAUCCAGCUUAUGACAUUUACUAACCCUAUUUGCCUCAGUUUCCUCAUAAGUAAAAUGAGCAGCAGAAGGAAAUGGUGAAUCACUUCAGUAUCUUUGCCAAGAAAACCUUGAAUGAAGUCAUGAAGAGUCAAACAUUAUUUAAAAAUGACAGAAGAACAAAAACAACAAAGUGGUGCCUGGUAUAUUAGAAAUACAAACACCUUCGUGGAUAAAAAACCAAAUGCAAGAAGUACAAAUACAAAUUGCACAAUGAAAGAAUGGAAUUUUGUUUUAAGAAUACAUCAGAUCCAUAACACUAAUAUGGUGAAAAAAUUCAACUUACUUCCUUAAAACCUGAUAGGUUUUGAAUAGAGAUAAUUAAAUCAUUUUCCAUAUCUAAAAUUAUCGGCAUUAAUAGGAGAAAAUAUAACAUAAUUCUCACCUCUCUCCUUUAAAUUUUCAGUAAUUGAGAGAUUCCUCAGCUCUCAGGUUUUAUUUUUACUGGUUAGCUUUUCUGGGAAAAUGUUGUUAUACCUUGAAACACUUGGUGGCGCUGCAGGAUAAGAAGGGUCUAGAGAGCUCAGCAUCACAUCACAGCAAAAGCAGAAUUAGAAAAAAGCUCCAAGAGGAUACUUCCUUAAGGAGGAGCUGAGAGCUCAAACCCGAGCUUCUUGAGACAGCAACACAAGCCUGACGAUUGGAAUUAGAAAGAAAAGGAGAAAUUUCUUUCACUGAAAGGACCAAAUCUAGGACAUAAUGAAGCUAAACAGGCAAGUAAUAUGUCUUGUUUUCUUAUUGUGCGUUUGUGAGGCUGGCUCAGCUAAAAACAGGAUUUCUGUGGCAGAGGAAAUGGAGGUUGGUUCCUUUGUGGCUAAUGUGGCAAAGAGCUUGGGGCUGGAGGUGAGGGAACUGUCUGCUCGGGGGGCCCGUGUCCUCUCCGAGGACAAUCGACAAUAUUUUCAGCUUAACGUGGGGAGUGGGGAUCUGCUCCUGAGAGAGAAACUGGACCGGGAGGAGCUGUGUGGUCCCACGGAGCCCUGUCUGCUGCCUUUUCAGAUCUUACUGGAAAAUCCCUUUCAGAUAGUUCGCGCUGAGCUCCGGGUUCAAGAUAUAAACGAUCAUUCGCCUGUUUUCCCAAACACCGAAAUGCUCCUAAAUGUCCCGGAAAAUAGCCUACCCGGGUCUGUGUUUUCUCUGAAAAAUGCGCAAGAUUUGGACGUAGGAAGCAAUAAUAUUCAGAACUACACAAUCAGCCUGAAUUCCUAUUUCCACGUUCAAACCCGUGCUCGCGGAGAUGGAAGGAAGUUCGCAGAGCUGGUGUUGGACAAAGCGCUGGAUAGGGAGAUGCAGCCCGAGGUCACUUUAACUCUCAUUGCCCUGGAUGGAGGGUCCCCUCCCAGGUCUGGAGCAGCUCAAAUCAGAGUCUUGGUUGUAGACGUCAACGAUAAUGCUCCUGUUUUUUCCCAGGCUCAGUAUGAUGUUCAGAUCCCAGAGAAUGGCGCUAUUGGCUCCCUGGUUGCCACAGUCACUGCUACAGAUUUGGAUAUAGGAAACAAUGGGCAAAUAUCAUACUCCUUUUUUCAAGGCUCCGAAGAAAUUGUAAGUACUUUUGAAGUAAAUAGCACCUCAGGAGACAUUAGAACGAGAAGAAAACUAGACUUUGAGGCAAUUAAAUCUUAUGAGGUGGAUAUUGAAGCCACAGAUGGAGGGGGUCUUUCAGGAAAAUGUACUGUAGUGGUCCAAGUGACAGAUGUAAACGACAACGCCCCGGAACUCGCCAUAUCGUCGUUUACCAGCCCUAUUCCCGAAAAUUCACCUGAAACCUUGGUAGCUGUUUUGAAGAUUCGAGAUCAAGAUUCGGGAGACAAUGGGAAAAUGGUUUGCUCUAUCGAGGGAAAUGUCCCUUUCAUCUUGAAACCAUCUGUAGACAACUUUUACACUCUGUUAACGGAGAGCCCUCUGGAUAGAGAAAGUAGAUCCCAGUACAAUAUCACCAUUACUGUCACUGAUCUGGGGACUCCCAGGCUCACAACUGAGCGAAAUAUCACUGUAUUAAUUUCUGAUGUCAAUGACAACCCUCCAGCUUUUACUCAGACAGCCUAUGCCUUCUACCUCCAGGAGAACAAUAUUCCAGCCCUCCACUUUGGCAGUGUGAGGGCCAAUGACAGGGACUCAGGAACCAAUGCCAAGAUUACCUAUUCCUUUCAGUCUCCUGUAACUGGAGAUCUGCCCCUCUUUUCCUACAUCUCCAUCAACUCUGACAAUGGUCAUCUCUAUAUUCUGAGAUCUCUGGAUUAUGAAGCCAUCCAAGCUUUCCAGUUCACUGUGACUGCAACUGAUGGAGGCUCCCCAGCCCUGAGCAGCCAGGCUCUGGUUCAGGUUGUGGUCCUGGAUGAGAAUGACAACACUCCCUUUGUGCUAUAUCCACUGCAGAAUGGCACAGCUCCCUGCAAUGAUCUGGUGCCCAGGGCUGCAGAGCCUGGUUACCUAGUGACCAAGGUAGUAGCUGUGGAUGGAGACUCAGGGCAGAAUUCCUGGCUUUCCUACCAGCUGCUCAAGGCCACAGACCCAGGACUCUUCACUGUGUGGGCACACAAUGGGGAAGUGUGCACAGCAAGGCCCAUCAGUGACAGAGAUGCCACCAAGCAGAGGCUCCUGGUGCUGGUGAAAGACAAUGGGGAGCCACCUCAGUCUGCAGUGGCCACCCUGAAUGUCCUCUUGGUGGAUGGCUUCUCUGAACCCUACCUGCAACUCCCAGAUGCACCCAAGGAGCAGGUCCAGGUUGACUCCCUCACCAUUUAUUUGAUCAUUUCUUUAGCAGUCAUCUCCUUUCUUUUUCUGAUCUCUAUUCUUAUGUUUAUUGGUGUACGCCUGUGGAAGGGGAAAAGAGAUGCCACAGACUGUAGUCGAUUUGAUUCAAAUGGUCCCUUCCCAGGCCACUUGGUGGAUGUCACUGGGACAGGAACCUUGUCCCACAGCUACCAGUAUGAGGUGUGUCUGACCAGUAACUCGGGGACCAGUGAAUUCAAAUUCUUAAAGCCUGUUCUACCCAUUGUCCCUCCUCAAGCUGCUGGCAGGGACUUAGAGGAAAAUCCUUCCCUUAGAAAUAGCUACAUGCUUACUUAAGUAUUAUAAUAGCUGAUCAACAGAAAUGUAAUGUCAUCAUUUUGUAAACCCAUUUCUACUGCUACUUAAUGAAUCUUUCAUCUUUCAUCUUUGCCUAGGUAGGGGGAACUUUGAUCCUGAUAACAAAAGUUUGUCUUAGAAUGUGGUGAAAAGUGUUAUUCGUUCUGAAAUUUUCCUAGUGAUCUUACUUUGGGUAAAAUAUUUGACUGGCUAAUUAAAUGAAUAGGUAACAUUCUAUAUAGCUUGCACAUUUUAAAUAGUGUUUUACAAUUAUAUUCUAUCCAAAAGAGUAAAAUAGAAAGUAGAUUAUGUUUCCUUUGAAAUUUCAAUCAUUACAUGUUUUACCUUUAAGCCUCAUAUCUCAUAAUCCAUUUAGGCAUUUCCCUUUUAUUUAUCUUUGGGUUGAACUUCUAUUUUAUAGGAUUGUGUUAAUGAAGCUAGUGAUUAUGAGGUCCCUUCUUCCCCUCUCCUCUUGAAUAUAUUACCUAUAAUUUCAAGUAUUACCACAAUGAAAUGUCAGAGAAAUUUCUGAAUAAUGGUCAGGCUUCCCAAAGAGGCAGAGUUGACUGAAAACAGUCAUAAUUAAUGGUACUUUUUGCUAUAAGAUAUUAAACUAACAAUAUCUUCAUGGUAGCUAAUUAACAAUAUUAGCAUACUGUGAUGGAAAGAAUUAUAAAUACAUUACAAAGGUUAAAAAAAUUGAAACUUCUAGUUAAGAUCUCUUUCUCUUUAAUCCUUGCUGUUAAAGGUAACAAUUUAUUAAUUUGCUCUUACUUUUUCCUCCCAGAUCUCAGUAAAAAACAAGUUUAACUCAUGCUUAAACUCCUACAUUUGGAAGCUCAUUGGGAUAAACACCCACACUCCCACCCACAUAGAACUUUCAAUAAAAUCUGGCUCUGACAUUUAAGUUUUCAUGUUGAUUACAUGUAAAUAUUCCUUACAGUGGCUUUUAUCUAAUCCUUUAGGACUAUAAUAAAGAGUUAUGAACUUAUUAAAAGAAAA